AUGACUUCAAAUCGUGAUUGGAUGUAUACACGAAUUAGAAAUGGUCUUCUCACUGAGGAGUUUUUGGCGGGUCGUGAAACGUUCAUCCAAUUUGCUACUAGUGAACAUAGUUGGAUGGACGGGGAAAGAAUUAAGUGUCCAUGUAAUCAGCGCAAGUGUCAAAACACCAAGUUUUUAGAUGUGCCUACCGUGAAAUUCCACUUAGCAAAAUAUGGAUUUGUGUCGGACUACUAUGUUUGGCGCUUCCAUGGCGAGGCCAAUCUGAGGGUAGAUGUCGAUCAAGAUGUUGGUGCCCCAUCUCAAAUGGCUAGUGAAGAAGCAUCUAAUGCGUACCAUACAAUGGUUAUGGAUGUUGCUGGUCCUGAAUUUAAUGUGGAUGAAAUAGAAGAAUCGCCAAAUCCCGAGGCCCAAAAGUUUUAUGACAUGCUGAAAGCUGCAGAUCAAGAGUUGUGGCCUGGGAGUAAAAACCACUCGCAGUUGUCUCUUGUAGCUCGACUUAUGAGCUUGAAAUCAGAAAAUCACAUAUCAGAAAAAUGUUUCAAUCAAUUCACUGAACUUAUUAAAGAAGUUGCUCCAGAAGAUAAUCUAGUCCCUGAAAACUUCUACGAAACCAAGAAGCUAUUACGGGGUAUGGGGUUGCCAGUUCAGAAGAUUGAUUGUUGCAAGAACAACUGCAUGAUAUAUUGGGAGUCAGAUAUUGAUAUGACAACGUGUAAGUUUUGUGCCCGGGAGUCAGAUAUUGAUAUGACAACGUGUAAGUUUUGUGCCCAUCCUCGAUUUAUUGAUAUGACAACGUGUAAGUUUUGUGCCCAUCCUCGAUUUAAACAAAUGACAACGUGUAAGUUUUGUGCCCAUCCUCGAUUUAAACAAAUUUCUCGUGGUGCUACAAAAAGACAAAAAACUAAUGUAGCAUACAAAAAAAUGUAUUACUUUCCUCUAGUUCCUCGAUUGCAGAGGUUGUAUGCAUCUAAUGCUACAGCAAAUGAUAUGAAGUGGCAUGCAAAUUCAGUUGAAGAUGGAAUCAUGCGUCAUCCCUCAGACUCGCUUGCUUGGAAGCAUUUUAACCGCAUUUAUCCUGACUUUGCAUCUGAAAUUCGAAAUGUCAGGUUAGGUCUAUGCACGGAUGGUUUUCAACCAUUUGGACAAUCAGGGCAGCAAUACUCCUCAUGGCCUGUGAUACUAACAACAUACAACUUGCCUCCUUGGAUGUGUAUGAAGGCGGAUUAUAUGUUCUUGACCGUAUUGGUUCCAGGUCCAAAAAAUCCAAAAGAGAAGAUAGAUGUUUUUCUCCAACCGCUUAUUGCAGAGUUAAACCAAUUAUGGGAAGUAGGUGUUCAAACAUAUGAUAUUUCUAAGAAGCAGAAUUUUCAGAUGCGAGCUGCCCUUUUAUGGACAGUUAGUGAUUUUCCUGCAUAUUCGAUGCUAUCCGGGUGGAGCACUGCUGGGAGGUUAGCUUGUCCGUAUUGCAUGGACAAAUCAGAUGCCUUCACCCUAAAACAUAGUGGUAAGCAAUCGUGGUUUGACAAUCAUUGGAAGUUUUUGCCAGCGAAUCAUCCAUUUCGCAAGAAUAAGACAGCGUUUUUCAAGAAUAAAGCGAUUACAACUGAGGCACCGCUUGUUUGGUCAGGAUAUGAUAUCCUUGCAGAGAUUGAGACUUUAGGCCUUAAGAAGGUCACUAAAUUGGAUGCUGCUGAAGUUAAUCGAUUAAUUUCCAAAACUUGCGGUUGGAAGAAACGAAGUAUCUUUUGGGAUUUGCCGUAUUGGAGUUCACACUUGGUACGACAUAAUUUGGAUGUCAUGCAUAUAGAAAAANAGAUAUUGAUAUGA